GAGUUCUUCCCAGGCUGCUCCGUUGUCCCCUACGGCUCCUCCGUCAACGGCUUCGACGUCCACGGCUGCGACCUGGACCUGCACCUGGAGCUGGGGGACCCCCCGAGCCCCCCGAACGGGGACCCCCAGAUCCCAGAGACCCCAAAUGGGGACCCCCAGAGCCCCCCGAACGGGGACCCCCAGAUCUCAGAGACCCCAAACGGGGACCCCCAGAUCCCCGGGACCCCAAAGAGGGACCCCCAAAUCCCAGAGACCCCAAACGGGGACCCCCAGAUCCUGAAACCCCCAAAUGGGGAUCCCCAAAUCUCAGAGACCCUAAAUGGGGACCCCCAAAUCCCAGAGACCCCAAAUGGGGACUCCCAGACCCUGAGCCCCCCAAAUGGAUCCCAGAGCCCCCCGAACGGGGACCCCCAGAUCUCAGAGACCCCAAACGGGGACCCCCAGAUCCUGAAACCCCCAAAUGGGGAUCCCCAAAUCUCAGAGACCCCAAACGGGGACCCCCAGAUCCCAGAGACCCCAAAUAGAGACCUCCAGAGCCCCAGGACCCCAAACGGGGACCCCAAGAGCCUGAGACCCCAAAAUGGGGACCCCCAAAUCCCAGAGACCCCAAAUGGGGACUCCCAGACCCUGAGCCCCCCAAAUGGGGAUCCCCAAAUCCCAGAGACCCUAAAUGGGGACCCCCAACCCCUGAGACCCCCAAACGGGGCCCCCCAGAGCCCGGGGACCCCUCUGGGGGAUGGGGACCCCCCUCCCCGUGGGUCCCUUUUGGGGGACAAGGCCCCCCCCCUCAAAGGGACAUCUUUGGGGUCUGAGGGGUCCCUUGUGGGGGAUGGGAAACCCCCCCUCGAGGGGUCCUUUGUGGGGGACAGAGGGACCCAUUUGGGGUCCGAGGGGUCCCUUUUGGGGUCUCCCUUGGGGGACAGAGACCCCUCCCUUGAAGGAUCCCUUUUGGGGUCCGAGGGGUCCCUCUCGGGGGACAAAGGGUCCCUUUUGGGGUCCGAGGGGUCCCUUUUGGGGUCCCUUUCGGGUGACCGAGACCCCUCCCUCGAAGGGUCCCUUUUGGGGUCCGAGGGGUCCCUUUUGGGGUCCCUUUUGGGGUCUCCUUCGGGUGACCCCCAUUCGGGUUCCGAGCCCUCCUCUCCCCGCUGCGGCUCUGAGGGGGGGUCCCUGUCGGGGUCCGAGUCCCCCGAGGCCGAGGGGUCCCUGUCGGGGUCCGAGGGGUCCCUGUCGGGGUCCGAGGGGUCCCGGGGGUCCCUUUUGGGGCGGGGGGCUCCCCCCGAGCAGGCGCUGGCGCUGGUGGGGGCGGUGCUGCGGCGCUGCGUGCCGGGGGUCCGGGGGGUCCGCGCCGUGCCCGGGGCCCGGCGCCCCGUGGUCAAAUUCAGCCACAAACAGUCCGGGCUGGCCGGGGACGUGUGCCUGGACAACCGCCUGGCGCUGUUCAACACGCGCUUCCUGCGCCUCUGCGCCGACGCCGACCCCCGGGUGCGGCCCCUGGGCUACGCCCUGCGCCUGUGGGCGGGGGUGCAGCGCCUGGCAGGUGAGGGGGGGCUGAGACCCCUCCCCAAAAUGGGAUGGGACCCCCAAAAUGGGGCUGGGUUUCUGGGUGUUCUUGGGGAUGUUUCUGGUUUCCGGGGGCAUCUCCCCCACAACUCUCUGACCACCCCCUCUCCCCUCCCAGCCUCCCUCCUGGCCGAAUUCUUCUCCUAUUUCGGCACCCUGGAUUUGGGGGGGCUCCUCCUGUCCCCCCUGGAGGGCCGAGCUCUGCCUCGCCCCCCUCCGGAGAGCCUCGGGGGUCUCCGCCCGGGCCCCCUGACCCUGCAGGACCCCUUCGAGCUGAGCCACAACGUGGCCGCCAAUGUGACGGCUCGCACGGUGUCGCGGUUCGUGCGCUGCUGCCGCGCCGCCGCCCGCCUCUGCCGCGGCCCCGAGUUCCUGCAGCGAUCGCGGCGGGGCCGGCCCUGGGGCGUGCUGCGGCUGCUGCAGCCCGGGAACACCGGGAAUUCCAGCAAUCCCGGGAAUGCCGGCGGUGACCGAGGGGAAUUCCUGAUCCCGGUGCCGCUGCCGCCGCCGGGGGGGCGCGGGGGGGUCCCGCAGAGCGAGGUGAGCGCGGCCGCGGGGUUCGUGCUCAGGGAGGUGCUGGGCUGCGGCUGCGAGCCCGAGGGGACAGCGGGGCUGCCACCCCCGUGGGCCCGGUGCCACCUGGAAAAGGGGACAGGAGGGGAAUUUGGGGACACGGGGACAGCGGGGCAGCCACCCCCGGGAGCACAGUGUCACCUGGAAAAGGGGACAGGCGAUUCCCGAGGGGAAUUUGGGGACGCGGGGCCACUGGGGGAGCCACCCCUGGGAGCGAAAUGUCACCGGGAGUGGGGGACAGGAGGGGCUCGGGGGGAAUUUGGGGACCCCGGGGAUGAAGGGAAGCCACCCCCGGGAGCCAGUUGUCACCUGGAGAAGGGGACAGGCGAUUCCCGAGGGGAAUUUGGGGACCUGGGGACACCGGAGGAUGAGGAGGAACCACCCCCGGGAGUCAAAUGUCACCUGGAAAAGGGGACAGGCGAUUCCCGAGGGGAAUUUGGGGACACGGGGACACCGGAGGUGCCACCCCCGGCAGCCAAAUGUCACCGGGAGUGGGGGACAGGAGGGUCCCGAGCAGAAUUUGGGGACCCCGGGGAUGAGGGGAAGCCAUCACCGGGAGCCAGAUGUCACCUGGAGAAGGUGACGGGAGGGUCUCGAGGGGAAUUUGGGAUGCCGGGGGAUGAAGGGGGGCUGCUCCCGGAUCCCGCGGAGCCAUCCCCGGGAGCUGAAUGUCACCCGGAGGGGGUGACAGGCGAUUCCCGGGGGGAAGUUGGGGACGCGGGGACACCGGGGCCGGGCUCGAAGCGUCGCCUCCCCGAGGGGGUCCCGGACGGGGCGGGGGUCCCGCCCGCAAAGCGCCCCCGGGGCCCCUCCCGGUGGAGCUGCUGCGUGUGGUACCGGGUGUGGCGGGGCCGCCGCCGCCUCCGCCGCCGCCUCCGGCCCCGGGGGGGCUCCGGGGGGGCUCCGGGCACCGGGGACACCGAGGGCAACCGGGGGAAUCGAGGGCUUGAGGGUCCCGGGGGUCCUGGGGGGGCUCAGGGUCCUGGGGGGGCUCAAGGUCCUGGGGGAGUUCAGGGUCCCGCUGGUCCCGGGGGGGUUCAGGGUCCUGGAGGGGCUCAGAAUUUUGGGGGAGUUCAGGAUUUAGGGGGCGUUCAGGGUCCUGGGGGGGUUCAAAAUUUCGGGGGUCCCGGGGGGUUUCAGGAUCCCGGGGGGGUUCCAGAUCCCGGGGGUCCCGGGGGGUUUCAGGGUCCUGGCGGUGUUCGGGGUCCCGGGGGUGUCCAGGAUUUGGGGGUGUCCCCCCUGGCCCUGGAGCGGGCCGUGACCGAGGCCAUUGUCCGAGGGGACACCGGGACCCCCCCCGGGCCCCCCCCGGAGCCGCUGCUCCGUUUCCAGCUCAGCGCCCGCCGGAGCCCCCCGGGGGGGGCGGGCGGGGUUGGGGGGGGUUUGUAA